AUAGAUCGUGGGGCGACAAACCUUAAAUCAUCAACAUGAAAGCUUUCUGUGUUCUUCUUGCUGUGGCAGUCUGUCUCUUGGAGGUCAACGCCGAUUGGUGUUCCCACUCUUGUACCAAGACCAGAAGAAAGUCUAUUAGAUGUGGAUGGUAUGGGUGGUCUAGAUGUACCAGAUACGAAUCAUAUCAAGGAACCUGUAGAAGUUAUUGCAGAAAUGGUGGAUGGUCCACAUUUGUUGAAUCUGAACGAUCCUCCUGCAGUGCUACUUGUGGGAGUGGAACUCAGACCAGAGUUUUGAAGAGAACUUGUACCAACCCAACCCCAUACAACCAUGGUGCUCAAUGCCGUGGACAAUCCUACAAAACUGAAAUUGUGUCCUGUAACGAAAGACCAUGCCCAAUUAAUGGUGGUUGGUCCGACUGGUCUGAUUAUGAAGAAUAUGAUGAGUGUACUGCUCUUUGUGGAGGUGGAGAAGUUGAUGAAUACCGAGAGAGAUCAUGUACCAACCCUAACCCAGCUUAUGGUGGUGAUGAAUGUGUUGGAGCCACAAUUGAAAACAGAACCAUUGAAUGCAACACCCAGAAAUGUGGAGACAAUUGUCCCAAGAACCAGGUGAAGUAUUUCACUCAUCCCGAAAUCAACGCCAGAUAUUACCAGUGUGAUAACGAAGUCGCCAAGAGAAAGGAUUGUGGUGAUAACACCAUCUGGAACCAAGAGAAACACACCUGUAUCCACGAGAACAUCCCUGCUGCUGCUCCCCCAGCUGAAAGUAUUUGCGAUGGCCGAAUUACUGUUGCUGACGACCAAGACUGUACCAAAUUCUACAUGUGUGCUUUCGGUAGCCGAACUGGACAGUCUAUCCAAUGCGCACCUGGUUUAGCUUACCACUCAACCUACCAGACCUGUGUCCAUAGAGCUCAAGCUCCCAAUUGUUAGAUCACAACCGUCCUUCAAGGUUGAAAUUUGAUAUCAUCUGGAAAAGUGUGUAAUAUUUUGUAGCAGUCUUAUAUUCAAAUAAAGUUUAGAAUAUAUCCAAAA